UGCAAAUUUUUGUCAGAUGGGCGAAAUUUUAGGUUAUGUGUACAAUUUUUCGUGUGAGUUUUUAAACAAAUGCGAUGUUUUAAUAAAAAGUUAUAGAAAUACGAUACAAAAUGUUGUACGACGACUUCAAACCCAUAGUGGACUUAGUCCUCAACAACUGGACGGCGUUACAGCUUGCUGUUGAACACGGAAUGGGCGCUCCUGGUGGAGAAAAGACUGCGCAGCUUAUGUCGGUAUAUGUAGCGAGGUAUUGUGUAGAAAAUGUUGCUGAUGUGGACGAUGUAACCGAAUUGCUAGAAGACUUAAUGGAUGAAGAAUUUGAAACUGUAUGCCAUGAUAAUUCUCCAAAAGAGGUGGCAUCAUUACUUGUAUUUUUCCUAACUCUUCUAAAAGAGGGUAGACAUGAGGAGCUCAGAAGCAGAAUUGAGCAAUUACCAAAAUGUCAAAAAUGGCUCAGCGUCCCAAUACAGGAAUCUGUACCUCCACAGUGUCAUGGAAACCCAGAUGAUGACACAACUAGCAGCGGUGAAGAUGAUGAUGAUGAAGCCGUUGAUGGAGAACCAUCUUCAUCAAAUCAAAAUGAUGCUCCGGAACCAAUGGAUGAGGAUGUUGAACCUGGAUGGACAGUAGUGCGAACUCGUAGAAGGAAAUAGAUGUCUUUAUUUAAGUUAUUAAAAUUAAUCAAAACAUAAUGCUAAGUCUAUAGUAAAUGUAUAUUUUUAUUUCAUGUAUGUACUGUACUACUCUUACAUUGUGUAGAUAUAAUUUUAUUUUACAGUGUUUCUUAAAUGUUUGUGUUUAAUAAAUUAUUAAGUGUUGUAA